UCUGUUCUGUUGUUGCGAUAUCUAUUUAAAAAAUGGCGGCAGACGUUGAUACAGAUUUAACUUGGAAAAUGUUAUUUCCAGUUAUCGUUAAUUUAAUAAUGUCUUUUAUAACAUACAUUGUUACAGUGAGGUUAAUACCAAAAUUGAAAGAUAUGUUUAUAAAAGCGAAUCUUUUUGGCAUUGAUAUGAGUAAAACAACUAGUGAAAAAGUGCCUGAAUCUCUAGGCGUAGUAACAGGAUGCACUUUCUUAAUUACAAUGUUUUUAUUUAUUCCCGUGCCAUUCGGAAACAGUCUUUUUAACGGCGCUUUUCCACAUGAUGAGUUUGUGGAAUUAAUUGCUGCCCUACUUUCAAUUUGUUGUAUGUUACUAUUGGGAUUUGCCGACGACGUAUUAGAUCUGCGUUGGAGGCACAAACUGCUUCUCCCAACGAUAGCGUCUCUGCCAUUAUUAAUGGUGUAUUAUGUCAAUUUCAACUCUACAACAAUCAUAGUUCCGAAGCCACUGAGGGAACUUCUAGGCUUUUCCGUUGAUGUUGGGAUUUUUUAUUAUAUAUACAUGGGAAUGUUAGCAGUUUUUUGUACCAACGCAAUAAAUAUUUUGGCGGGAGUGAAUGGAUUGGAAGUUGGACAAAGUAUAGUUAUUGCACUGUCGAUUAUCACCUUCAACGUCAUAGAAUUAUCAGGAUUAUUGUGGAAGGCUCAUCAGUUUAGUUUGUACUUUAUGUUACCCUAUACGGCAACAGCCCUAGCCCUUUUGAAGCAUAACUGGUACCCUUCAAAAGUAUUUGUCGGUGAUACCUUUUGUUACUUCUCUGGAAUGACAUUUGCCGUAGUAGGAAUUCUUGGACAUUUCAGUAAAACGUCUCUCUUAUUUUUCAUACCCCAAAUUUUUAACUUCCUUUACUCCUCUCCGCAGUUAUUCCACUUUAUCCCCUGUCCUAGACAUAGGUUACCUAAAUUUAAUUCCAAGACAGACAGAUUAGAAAUAAGCACAACAAAUUUCGUUUAUUCUGAUCUUAGUUUCUUAGGAAAGCUAAUUGUUAAUGUGUUCAGAGUUUUUAGGUUAAUCCAGUGGCAGGAAAAAGACGGUUACGUCAUCACUAAUAACUUCACCCUUAUAAAUUUAGUUUUGUUUUAUUUAGGACCUUUGCACGAGGCUAAGUUAACAACCAUACUGAUAGCUGUGCAGGUUAUUUGCACCUGUGUCGCCUUUGUUAUAAGAUAUCCUUUGGCUUCGAUUUUUUAUGAUGUAUAGAUUUCUAACGGUUUUUUCGUUGAAUUAGAUAUUUCGUGUAUAUAGUUUUAACUGGAACUGAUGUACCUAUUUUUCUAUAUGGCUAUUCCAAAGAGGUUAUUAACUUUGUUACUGUAAAAAGCUUGUUGAAAAUAAAACGGUACUUUCUCUAA